UAUUCUGGUGAAGUCCCGGAAAACCGAGUGGAAGUUGUGGUGGCUAAUUUGACGGUGAUGGAUAGAGAUCAGCCACAUUCACCUAACUGGAAUGCUGUUUACCGGAUUAUCAGCGGCGACCCUUCUGGCCAUUUCACCAUCAGGACCGAUCCUGUUACCAAUGAAGGCUUGGUUACGGUUGUGAGGGCAGUCGACUACGAGAUGAACAGGGCUUUUAUGCUGACAGUGAUGGUGUCCAACCAAGCCCCUCUCGCCAGCGGCAUCCAGAUGUCCUUCCAGUCUACGGCAGGGGUCACAAUUUCGGUCACCGACGUCAACGAGCCACCCUACUUCCCCGCAAACCACAGGCUCAUCAGACUGGAGGAAGGUGUACCAACAGGGACGGCACUGACAACCUUUUCAGCGGUGGAUCCGGAUCGUUUCAUGCAGCAGGCCGUGAGAUACUCCAAGCUGUCAGAUCCGGCAAACUGGCUGAGCAUUAAUGCCACAAACGGUCAGAUCACCACCACCGCCGUCCUUGAUCGUGAGUCAGCCUAUAUUAAGAACAACGUCUACGAGGCCACGUUCCUGGCAGCUGACAACGGUAUCCCUCCAGCCAGCGGCACUGGCACACUGCAGAUUUACCUAAUUGACAUCAACGAUAACGCUCCUGAGCUCCUGCCAAAGGAUGCACAGAUCUGUGAAAAGCCAGGCCUGAAUGUCAUCAACAUCACAGCCGCUGACGCUGACAUUGAUCCAAACGUUGGCCCCUUUGUCUUUGAGCUGCCAAGUGUGCCAUCUGCCAUCAGGAAGAACUGGACCAUUACGCGGCUAAACGGUGACUAUGCCCAACUCAGCUUACGGAUCAUGUACUUGGAAGCCGGCGUGUACGACGUCCCGAUCAUUGUGACAGAUUCCGGGAACCCUCCUCUGUUUAACAUGUCCGUUAUUAAAGUCAAGGUGUGCCCGUGUGACGAGAAUGGAGACUGUACUAUCAUCGGAGCUGUCGCGGCAGCCGGCCUGGGAACUGGAGCCAUCAUUGCCAUCUUGAUAUGUAUCAUCAUUUUACUAACCAUGGUGUUGCUCUUUGUGGUGUGGAUGAAACGUCGGGAAAAGGAGCGGCACACGAAACAGCUCCUCAUCGACCCCGAGGAUGAUGUGCGGGACAACAUUCUGAAAUACGACGAAGAAGGAGGGGGAGAAGAAGACCAGGAUUAUGAUUUAAGCCAACUUCAGCAGCCAGAGAGCAUGGAUCAUGUUCUGAACAAGGCAAAUGGAGUCAGACGAGUAGACGAGAGACCAAUUGGCGCUGAGCCCCAAUAUCCUAUAAGGCCUGUAAUCCCCCAUCCUGGGGACAUUGGGGACUUUAUUAAUGAGGGCUUGAGAGCGGCAGAUAAUGACCCGACGGCCCCGCCGUACGACUCCCUUCUUGUCUUCGACUAUGAGGGCAGCGGUUCGACAGCGGGCUCCGUCAGCUCGCUUAACUCGUCCAGCUCUGGAGACCAAGAUUAUGACUACCUUAACGACUGGGGGCCAAGAUUCAAGAAACUGGCGGACAUGUACGGGGGAGGCGAGGAAGACUAA